AUCAUCCCAUCUCCCCCCCAAGCUCUGCCCAGGGCCCUGAUUAACAUCCGGACGGCAGUGCAGACGGUGCUGGCAGGCACGGAGGUGGAGUUGGAGUGCCUAGGGCUCGGCGAACCACAGCCACACGUCACCUGGAGCAAAGUGGGGGGCCGGAUCCACCCGGGGGUGCUGGUUCGUGCCGGCACCCUGACCACUGAGCGGGUGGAGCGGGCGGAUGCAGGGCAGUACCGCUGCACUGCUACCAAUUCUGUGGGCACCGUGCAGUCCCACGUCAUCCUUCACGUGCAGGCCGCCCCACACAUCGCCGGGCAGCCAGAGGUGAAGGAGGUGUCGGUGGGCUCGGCAGCCGUCCUGCCCUGCUUGGCAUCUGGCUUCCCCGUGCCGGAGAUCAGCUGGAGCAAGCUGGAGGGGGAGCUGCCGGAAGGCGCGCGGGUGGAGGGCACCGCUCUGACGCUGCCGGCUGUGCGCCUUGAGGAUGCUGGCGUCUAUGCCUGUGCUGCCAGCAACCGCCGCGGCCAGGAGACAGCCUUCUACGUGCUGAAGGUGCGAGAGCGCCUGGUGCCCUACUUCACACAGACGCCCUGCUCCUUCCUGCCGCUGCCCACCAUCAAGGAUGCCUACAAGACCUUCGAGAUCCAGAUCACCUUCCGGCCUGAUGCUGCCGAUGGGAUGCUCCUCUACAAUGGGCAGCGCAAGAGCAGCGGCGCCGAUUUUAUUUCCUUUGGGCUGGUGGGCGGGCGGCCCGAGUUCAGGUUCGAUGCUGGCUCUGGCAUGGCCACCAUUCGGGACCCGACACCGCUGCGCCUGGGCAAGUACCACACCGUGCGCCUCUUCCGUAACCUGACACGAGGCUCACUGCAGGUGGACGGCCAGCCCCCUGUUAACGGGACUUCACAGGGCAAAUUCCAAGGGCUGGGCCUGAAUGAGGAGCUGUACCUCGGUGGGUACCCUGAUUACACCGUCGUGGCCAAGACAGGGCUGAGCCGUGGCUUUGUGGGCUGCGUGCACCAGCUGCGCAUCCAGAACGAGGAGGUGGCCUUUGUGGAGCUGGACCUGCCGGCACACGGCGUCUCCAACUGUCCCACGUGCCAGGACCAUCCCUGCCAGAAUGGCGGCAUCUGCGAGGACGCUGAGAGCAGCACCUACAUCUGCCGUUGUCCCCAAGGCUUCACUGGCAGGAACUGCGAGUACUCACAGGCCCUGCAUUGCCACCCAGAGGCGUGCGGGCCUGACGCCACCUGCAUCAGCCGGCCAGAUGGGCAGGGCUACAGCUGCCGCUGCCACCUGGGCAAGAUGGGGGAGAGGUGCACUGAAGGGGAGGCAGUGAGCGUGCCAUCCUUCGAUGAGGCGGGCGCCUUCGUCUCAUACCCACCCCUGACCAACGUGCACCAUGAGCUGCGAGUGGAGGCCGAGUUCCUGCCACGUGCACCGGACGGACUGCUGCUCUUCAGUGCUGGCAAAGCCUCCCCAGUUGAGGACUUUGUUGCCCUCGCCAUGGUCAGUGGCCACCUCGAGUUCCAUUAUGAGCUGGGCUCAGGCACAGCGGUGCUGCGGAGCGUCGAGCCGGUGGCACCGGCUGACAGCUGAGCGGUUGCACAAGGAUGGGACAAUGACGGUGGACGGCAGCGCCCCGGUGCAGCGCUCCUCACCUGGCAAGAGCCAGGGGCUCAACCUGCACAGCCCUCUCUACCUUGGAGGAGUGGAGCCCCCCCCUGCGGCC